UCCCCUUCGGACAUCUUCAGGCCGUAUGGCAAAAUAUCUCGUUCAGAAACAGUUCCGUUCGGUUUCUAUCGGGAAUUUGAUGUGUGCCAGGAAACGAGUGAGAAGAGGCUUGCGAUUCAAAUUGUUUUUUGUAUGUGUUUGUUGAAUGAAUUGCGUAACGACGACGAAUGGAACUCGACCAGAACUGAUGAUAAAGUUGAUGAACUCAAGUGCAGAAGUCAAGUCACGUUUUGUUAAAUGAGGUGAAGUUAUCCGAAACUAACCGGCAUUAAAUUAAGUUAAACCAAACUAAACGGUAUUUAUUUUUGUGGGUGAAUAAACAGAAAUGUUUUAAUUUUACUGUACAACUUUAUCCAUUAAAAUUUUUUACGAACUACCUUUGUGACUGUUUUAAAAAAUCUUUUGAAUAAGACAAUCAAAUUAGUGAAUAAUAAAAUAAAAAAUGGAUAAUGAUAGUCAAUCUCAACAAUAUGGCGAAGUAAACCAACUAGGUGGAGUUUUUGUAAACGGACGUCCCUUACCAAAUCCAGUUCGAUUAAAAAUCGUCGAAUUAUCACAAAUUGGAAUCCGCCCUUGCGAUAUUUCUCGACAAUUACGCGUCUCUCAUGGUUGUGUUUCUAAGAUUUUGGCGAGAUACAAUGAGACUGGUUCAAUUCAACCAGGAGCAAUCGGAGGUUCAAAACCGCGAGUUACUACGCCGAAAGUGGUCGCUUACAUCAAAAAGCUUAAACAGAAAGAUCCGGGGAUUUUCGCGCAUGAAAUAAGAGAUCGUUUGUUAUCGGAUGGAGUUUGCGAUAAAUAUAAUUGUCCGUCGGUUAGUUCAAUAAGUCGGAUUUUAAGGAAUAAGAUAAGAACGUUGGUUCAUUCGGGAAAUAAUCAUCACGGACAUGCUUUGUAUAAUAUGUAUCCAACUUAUUCAGGUUACCAUCAACAAAAAAUAACAAAUUCCGGUUCAAAUCAGCGUUUAAAUGGCAGUUGUUGGCCAAGUUCUCAUACGGUUAAUAAUAUUUUGGCCGUCGCUGAUCCGCACGGGUUUCGACCACCGUCACAUUUGACAUCUUCAGGUACUAAUUUAACCGCCGGAUUAGCGCCGAACGUUGCAGAACAAAAUUAUAAUUAUUAUUAUAUGUUGAAUUCUGGAAUGACCGGACAUCAUUCACUUUAAAACGACUGAAUAUUUUUGAAAAAAAAUGUUACAUUAUAUUAGUUUUUAAGUAUUUAU